UCAGUCUGACAUUGCAACCAGAGAACUGCUCAGAAUUUGGAGGGAGGGGAAGGGCAAGGAAAAAAAGCAGACAGCACUGCCGGAAAUGUCUGCACCCUGGUGAGUUUCCUCUGUGCACUAGGACUGCCGCUGGUGAUCACAGGGGCAAUGCUGCUGGGUGGCAAUUACUGCAGUCCACCGUUUCAGCAGACUGGGUCACUCUUCAGGAUGGGAGAGCAGUGAGGAGUUGUGGUUGCCUGGAGGAAUUCGAACGUUGAGAUCAUUGUUUUGAUACAUCAUCCAAAAGUUUGAUACAAAGUAACUUUUCACUCAGCUCCAAGGAUCCCAGGGUUUACCGUACAAUGGGGCUGCCUACUCUGGAGUUCAGUGAUUCCUACCUGGACAGUCCUGAUUUCAGAGACAGGCUGAAAUGUCAUGAAAUCGAGCUGGACAGAACCAACAAGUUUAUUAAAGAGCUGAUCAAGGAUGGGAACAUGCUGAUCGGGGCGCUGAGAAAUUUAUCCAUAGCUGUGCAGAAGUUUUCUCAUUCACUACAAGAUUUUCAGUUUGAAUGUAUUGGAGAUGCUGAGACAGAUGACGAAAUCAACAUUGCUCAGUCCUUGAAGGAGUUUGCUCGGCUACUGAUUACUGUAGAGGAGGAAAGACGGAGGCUGAUCCAGAAUGCCAAUGAUGUCCUAAUAUCGCCGCUUGAAAAGUUCCGUAAGGAACAGAUCGGAGCAGCAAAGGAUGGAAAAAAGAAGUUUGACAAAGAAAGUGAGAAAUAUUACUCAAUUUUAGAAAAACACUUGAAUUUGUCUUCAAAAAAGAAAGAAUCACACUUGCAAGAGGCUGAUACAUUGAUCGACAGAGAACAUCAGAACUUCUCCGAUGCCUCUCUGGAGUAUAUAUUUAAAGUGCAAGAGGUCCAGGAAAAGAAGAAGUUUGAAUUUGUAGAACCCCUUUUGGCUUUUCUCCAGGGUCUCUUUACCUUUUACCAUGAAGGAUAUGAACUGGCACGAGAAUUCACGCCGUACAAAGAACAACUGCAGUUUAAUUUACAAAAUACGCGGAAUAACUUUGAAAGCACACGGCAAGAGAUGGAGCGUCUAAUGCAGAGAAUGAAAUCUGCAGACCAAGACUACCGACCGCCAAGUCAUUGGACAAUGGAAGGAUACCUAUACGUACAAGAGAAAAGACCCCUUGGAUUUGCGUGGACAAGACAUUACUGUACAUAUGACAAAGGAAGCAAAACUUUUACAAUGAGUUUAUCCGAAACAAAAUCAAGUGCGAAAGUGAAUGGGCUGGUCUCCAACUCACCAGAGAUGUUUAAGUUAAAAACAUGUAUACGGCGGAAAACAGACUCAAUAGACAAACGUUUCUGUUUCGACAUCGAAGUCAUCGAGAGGCAAGGCAUUAUUACACUUCAAGCUUUGUCUGAGCUAAAUCGAAAGCAAUGGCUGGAGGCGAUGGACGGGAAAGAACCAAUAUAUACCCUUCCCGCAAUAAUCAGCAAAAAAGAAGAAAUGUUCUUAAACGAAGCAGGGUUCAACUUUGUGAAAAAAUGUAUUGACUCUGUGGAGACACGAGGUAUUACUAUUUUGGGACUCUACAGAAUUGGAGGCGUUAAUUCCAAAGUCCAGAAGCUGAUGAAUACUGUAUUUUCACCUAAAGCACCUCCUGAUAUGGAUAUCGAUUUGGAUCUCUGGGACAAUAAAACUAUAACAAGUGCACUAAAAAACUACCUCAGAUGUCUCACGGAACCCCUGAUGACCUAUAAAUUGCACAAAGAUUUGAUACUUGCAGUCAAGUCAGAUGACCAGAACUACAGAGUUCAAGCAGUUCAUGCCCUCGUUCAUAAGUUACCAGAAAAAAACAGAGAAAUGUUGGACAUCUUAAUCAAGCACCUUGUGAGGGUAUCAUUGCACAGCCAACAAAAUCUAAUGACCAUUUCUAAUCUUGGAGUCAUCUUUGGGCCGACCCUCAUGAGAGCUCAGGAGGAAACAGUGGCAGCCAUGAUGAACAUCAAGUUUCAAAAUAUAGUUGUUGAAAUUUUAAUAGAGCAUUAUGAAAAGAUUUUCCAUACUGCUCCAGAUCCGAAUGUGCCUCUUCCGCAGGCUCAGUCCCGGACAAGUUCAAGACGGACUAGAGCAAUCUGUCUUUCAUCUGGAUCCAGAAAACCUAAAGGAAGAUUAACACCAUGCCUUGCAGAUCCAGAUAGUGACUCUUAUAGUAGUAGCCCAACUAGUACCCCAAUGGGAAGCAUUGAAUCACUUUCUUCGCACUCUUCAGAACAAAAUAGUACUUCAAAAUCAGUGUCAUCGCCUCAAAGAGAAAAGAAAGGAGGGGGAAUUCCUUGGGUGACUUCUACACCUUCUUCUAAUGGCCAGAAAAGCUCCGGCCUUUGGACUACCAGCCCUGAAUCAAGUUCCAAAGAAGAUGCUUCAAAAACAGAUGUAGAGUCUGAUUGUCAGAGUGUGUCAUCUGUCACUAGCCCGGGAAACUCAUCUCCUCCGAUUGACUUGACUAAGAAAGGCCAUUUUGAAUUCUCUGGGUUGAAACGUUCCUCUGCAUCUUCCCUUCGUUCUUUACCUUCUCCAGAAGGCAUUAAAAGUCGGAGCACAUCGACCCAAAGCUUAACGCCCAUGGACCUGAAAGACGUUUCAAAGGUUUUUCCUGAUUUACCUCCCAAAGUUAUGAGACGGCAAAGGCUGGAUACAGGUUCCAGUAAUGGCUACCAGAGACCUGGAUCAGUGGUAGCUGCUAAAGCCCAGCUCUUUGAAAAUGCAGGGUCACUGAAGCAAUCUAUCCCCGGACGACAAGCUAAAGCAAUGUAUUCCUGUAAGGCAGAGCACAGCCAUGAACUUUCCUUCCCCCAGGGGGCGAUAUUUAGUAAUGUGUACCGAUCGGUGGAACCCGGCUGGCUGAAAGCAACUUUUGAAGGCAAAACUGGAUUGGUUCCAGAAAAUUACGUUGUCUACUUUUAAUGAAGUUAAAGGAGAGCUGUAUCUUCAUGGUAUCCAUGGUUACAAAAGCAACAAUUCUGUCUGACACAGAUAUGGCGAUCAAGCCAGCUCGCUGAAUGGUAGUGAUCCGUUUACCCCAGUGCAGCUGCUGCCUCGCCUCUUGUAAGCCUGUGAUUGAUGUACGAGGAUAUAAACGUUGGCAUUCAUUGCUCAGGUGUAAACAUGAGGCUUGUUAUGAAGGACAUAGUCUAAUCCGGAUAGCACACGAGACAUGUAAAUGGAUCUCAUUUAUAGGACAAUAUAACCGUGUAGUGUAGUAAGAAUAUUUGUGUUUAUUUUAUAUAUUAUGCACUAAGCUCCAAUGGCUAAUGGAGCAAAGCUUUUCAAUCCAGUGAUACACCAAGUGUAGCAUUCUAUUAUUAAGAGCCUAUACAUGUCUUAAACUUAAUUUUGUUAUCAUUGGGUCCAUCUUGGCAAAAUAUUAAUAUCAAAGUAUCGAUCUUGUUACCCUUAUUGAAAGGUCAACAUAAUAGUGCAGGUCCUCCGUUCCUCUUCUUAUAAUACAGAUGAAAUGUUCACUUCAAGCACCAUAACAACUUAUAUACACAAUUCUAUAAACAGAAUGGGAAGAAUUGUUUUUAUUCAUAAGCAGAUGCAAUAUCAGCAACAUGUUUUUAGAAAUAAAAAUAGGCUUAAUGGACAUAUGACUUGGUAUGAGAUCUGGCUCUGAUGGAUGUACAGUUGCAGAUGUCCACUUGGUUUCCUUUCUGUGAUGAUUUAGUGCAGGGGUGUCCAACCUUGGCCCUCUUGCACAUGUUGCACUAUAAUCCUAUUAAUUCUUAUGCUGCUGGGUUGCAGAGAGUUCUAGGACUAAUAUGCCAACACCAUUUAAGAUAAUGUGCAAAGGUUAUGCAUACCUCAUAUAAUGUGUUGUAUAUUUGGGUAUUUUUAAAAAAACACACCGGAUGUUGUCAGCAUAGUCUUUUCGAUGCUCAGUAAUGUACUUUAGAACUCUAUAUUCUCAGUAGUACUAUACUAUGUUUUUGUGUUUAUUAAUUUAAUAUGGUCUGAAAUUGUAUGAUAUGAAUCAUUUAACUUACAAGAAAUAGACCCUCUAAGUCAUUUUCUAACUAUAGCCACUCCUUAGUGUUGCGCAAACUGUAAAGUUUUCGGGUUAUCUCUGUCCAAUGAUGUCACUCCACAGGUCAGCUUAUGUAUUGUAGAAGUUUCUUCACAUUAUUGCAGUUUAUUCUGCACACUAUAAUCCCACACAUGUGUACAUGCUCUGUAUCCAUAUACACUCAAGAUUUAAAAUGUUGGGGAAGCCUCUAUCAGGUCCAUUGUCAGGCCUGCCAUGAACAAAUCAUAACAGUCGGCAGGUAUUCUAUUAUAGUAAUCACCUGCCAAUCCCUGUCUGAUGACAUGAGUUUGAUAACUUAUAUAUAAGGGCUCAAUUCAAUAUUUUUGGUUAAGCUUUUCAAAUAACUAAAUAUUUUUGG